CACAAACGCUCUGUGUCUUUCACACCUUUCCUCUCUAGGGUUAGGUAAAAGCCCAAACGCAAGAGCUCCCGCACUUACACAAACCCUCUCUGUACAUCUCUCACUGUCCAAAAUGAUGCAACCUCCUCCAACAGGCGUGGCUCAGCCAACAAUGCCACAACAGGCACAGCAAUACCCACAACAGCCGUACAUGAUGAUGCCGCCGCCGGCGGCGGCAGCUCAGGCUCAGGCGCCUCCGCCGAUGUGGGCUCAGCAGCAGGUCCAGUCCCACCAGGCCCACCAGCAGAACCAGCCCACCAGCGCCGAAGAGGUCCGCACGCUCUGGAUCGGGGACCUGCAGUACUGGAUGGACGAGAACUAUCUCUUCAAUUGCUUCGCUCAGGCCGGCGAGGUAGCUGCAGUGAAAGUGAUCCGCAAUAAGCAGACUGGUCAAUCAGAGGGUUAUGGCUUUAUUGAUUUUUCAACACGUGCUGCUGCAGAAAGAGUACUUCAAACGUAUAAUGGUACCAUAAUGCCAAAUGGUGGGCAGAACUUCAGACUGAACUGGGCAACUUUUAGUUCAGGCGACAGGCGCUCUGAUGAUACUCCUGAUUUCACAAUAUUUGUGGGGGAUUUGGCUCCUGAUGUUACUGACUACAUGUUACAAGAGACCUUCAGGGGCCGUUUUCCCUCAGUUAAGGGUGCAAAGGUUGUGAUUGAUAGGCUCACUGGUCGGACAAAGGGUUAUGGGUUUGUUAGAUUUGGAGAUGAAGGUGAACAGUUGCGUGCUAUGACGGAGAUGAAUGGAGUUCUCUGUUCUUCAAGGCCUAUGCGAAUUGGGCCGGCUUCGAAUAAAACGGGUCAGCAACCGAAAGCUUCAUACCAGAAUUCUCAAGGGACUCAGAACGAGAAUGAUCCAAAUAACACAACUAUAUUUGUGGGCAAUUUGGAUCCUAAUGUUACAGACGAGCAUUUGAGACAAGUUUUCAGCCAAUAUGGACAAUUAUUACAUGUGAAAAUACCGUCAGGCAAGCGAUGUGGGUUUGUUCAAUUUGUUGACAGAAGCUGUGCUGAGGAAGCAUUGAGGGUGUUAAAUGGAAAUCAGUUGGGUGGACAAAAUAUUCGACUUUCUUGGGGCCGUAGUCCUUCAAACAAACAGGCGGGUAUCUCUGCUGGCGUUCAGCCUCAGCCAGAUCCAAACCAGUGGAAUGGGGCAUAUUAUGGAUAUCCAUAUGGGCAUGAAAGCUAUGGGUAUGCCCCGCCUCCCCAAGAUCCUAACAUGUAUGGAUAUCCUUAUGGGAAUUACCAGCAGCAGGCACCACAGCAGCAAGCGGGAUAUAGCUGAGAAAUUUUGGCUUCUUCUGUCGCUAUCUUCCCUGCUUCUUUUAUUUAAUAAAUAAAUUUAGUUGUAAGAUACUGUUUGAAGCUACUUCGGAGCUCUCCCUAGUCUUUUCGUGGAAACCAAUCAUGACUCUUGUUUCUUGUAUGUCAAAAUAUAACUCAAUUCACUUGCUAA